AUGAUAUUUGCUAUUGCGGCAGAAUAUAGGCUACAUCUACACCAAAUGGACGUAUCGACCGCGUAUUUAAAUAGCGAGUUAGACGAAGAUAUUUUUAUGUCACAACCAGAGAUGUUUAUAAAUAAACGAUACCCAAAUCAUUGUUUGAAAUUAAAGAAAGCCUUGUAUGGGCUUAAACAGUCGGGACGAAAUUGGAACAUAAAACUAGAUUCAGUUUUAAAGCAAAUCGGUUUUAAACAAUUGUAUGUGGAUGAUUUGCUGAUUGCAUGCUCUGACUUAAAUCAUAUGCAACGAGUGAAGAGUAUGAUAGCAAAACGAUUUGAGGUGGUGGAUAAGGGUCACUUCUUGAGCAUGGAGGUUGAAAGAGAAGGCACAACUGGAGCUAUAUUUGUAACUCAAAAGGGGCAUAUAAGAAAAUUACUACGUGAACAUGAUAUGCAGGAUUGUCGACCAAUUUCUGUACCUUUGGAUCCUGGACAUAGAGUUGAUUGCAAUAACGAAAAAUGCAAGAAGGUUGAUCAGGUAAAAUACCAAUCACUCAUUGGAUCGCUAAUGUAUAUAGCAGUGUGCACGCGACCAGAUAUUUUACACUCGGUGUGUAAGCUUGCUCAAAGAAAUACCAACCCACAUGCAGAACAUUUAGCGGCAGCGAAACGUAUACUGAGGUACUUAAACACAACGCAAGAUAAACGACUGAAAUAUUACCAAACGGGAAAACCAAUUGAAUGCUUUGUGGAUGCAGAUUGGGGCGGCGAUGUAACUGAUCGUAAGUCGUAUACAGGGUACGCUAUAAUUUUGGCUGGGGCAGUUUUUUCUUACGAAUCGAAGAAACAGUCGACGGUAGCACUUAGGAGUACUGAAGCCGAAUAUAUGGCUUUAACAUGUGUCGUUAAAGAAGCCAUUUAUUUAAAACAAUUGCUGAAUGAAAUGGAGCUUAAUUGUCCUAAAGUUAUGACCGUGCAUGGAGAUAACUCGAGUGCGAUGAAUCUGGUGAAGAACCCACUCGUAAGCGAAUUAAUUAAAAGGGAGACGUGCGGGUUUUACAUUGCCGGCAGCGCUAGCAACGUCCAACAUUUACCAACAUCCAGCACAGCUACCAGGGCAGAUUCAAGCAGCACAGCAGUAUAUGAGAAAUUUCUCUCAGUGCGAGCGAAUAAAAGCAUCACACGUACAGAGAACGUUAAUGACAGUGAAAUAGGUUGUGACACAGAAGUUGAGGAAGAGGAUUUCGUUGCAAACACCAGCUCAUCAGAUGAAGCAACUGAUGAGGAUGAAGAUAACGUUAUUACAUGUGAGAAAACUAUACUUCGAGGGAAAAAUGGUCAUAAAUGGUCAUCAGUUAAAGGUACAACUCAUCAUUAUGGGCUAAAUAUCGUACAUAAAAGUCGAGGGCCUACCCGUCAGUGUAAAAACAUAAUUGAUCCGUUCGACUGUUUCAAACUGUUCAUAACAGGAGAUAUCGUCGACGAAGUUGUAAAGUGGACAAAUGUUGAAAUAAAUCAACGCCAAUUAAUCUUACUAGCAAAUACGGAUCAGACACAACGACGUAACACAAAUGAAAAUGAAAUAUAUGCAGUUAUGGGUAUAUUGGUGUGGACCGCUGUUAAAAAAGAUCAGCAUUUAUCUGUGGAGGAAUUAUUUGACAGAAGUACCGUUUUAGCGGGGCACCAGCGUUCUGACGCUGUCGCCGAGUGUGGUUCGAUGGUAGGCACAAGGAAGAGAGUUCAGACUCAAGUCAGUAUAAUUCUGAACUCGAGUGCGGUCGAGACUCGCUGCGCUAUGAUGGACGAAAAUAAUAGUGACCCGGCAUCAGAAGUGGGAUCUGGCCCUCUACCUUCAACAGUUGAUGCAUCUUGGAAAACCAUAAUGGAGUUGCAAAAUAAAAAUUUAAUUGAACUGGUUCGGGCCAUACAAUCAACGGCAUCAGGCAGUGCAGUGCAGAAUAAAUCAGUGCAACUACCCAAAUUCAACCCAGACAAGUCGGGCGCCAACGCUUCAUCGUGGUGUACUACCGUUGAAAUUAUUCUUCAAGAAAAUGCAUUAAAAGGCAGCGCGUUGGUCAUGGCCUUGAGCUCAGCAUUAGAGGGAAGCGCUUCGCAAUGGCUUUCGCAAGUGUGUUACGCCGAAAUCACCUGGGCCGAGUGUAAAGAACUGUUCAUACAGCGCUUUGAUACCGUAGAAACACCAGCCGCAAUGUUUCUAAGUAUGCUGUCGAAUCGACCGACUGAUGGCGAGUGUCUCGCAGUGCAUGCAAGCCGCAUGGUUACAGAGCUGACGACGAAAUGGCGCCAAAUGGGAGUUGAAGAGAUUGCUGUCUCUGUCACUCUUGCGUUGCUAGCAAGUUUCGAUAAUCAAUUGCAGCGUUUAAGCUUCACGUCGAAUGUUAAAACAAGAAGCGAUUUGCAGUCCGAAUUAAAAGCGUUCACUUUUAAUAAAAGGAAAUCUGGCUUUAUGGAGCAUCAAUCCGAAACUUUUCCCAAACGGCAAAAACAAUCACCGAUAGAGUGUCACUUCUGCGACAAAUUGGGCCAUAAAAUGAUUGACUGCCGACUCAAGAAACAACAAAAUCAUUUUUCAAGUGCUACAUCAAGCGUAACAUGCUACAAGUGCGGAGAAUUGGGUCACAUAUCUACCCAAUGCCCAAAGAAGGAAGCUAAUAGGAACAAGACAUUCAACCAGGAAAAGCGAGUCGAGCAGUGCAGCGUUGCAGUACCAAAGGGACACAUGGAUCAUAGAGGCCAAAUUUUUGAAAUCACCUUCGAUUCUGGAGCAGAAUGUUCGUUGAUGAAAGAAAAGAUAAGUACAAAAUUCUCUGGCAAAAGAUUCAAUAAUGUGGUUAUGCUGAAAGGCAUAGGCAGUGGUGGAAUUUGUAGUACUGUACAGAUAUUAAGUAAUGUAAAAACUGAUGACAAUUGCAUUGAAAUUCUGUUUUAUAUAAUAAGUGAUGAUCACAUGGAAAACAAUAUUGUCAUUGGACGGGAAAUACUAAAUCAGGGUUUCGAUAUUGUUGUUUCAUCAAACCAAUUUAAAAUCUCAAGAACCAAAAUAAUUAAUUCAUGUAUUGGUGGUGAGCCGACCGAUAUUGAUAGAGAACUUGAGGGUCAAGACAAAGUAAAACUGCAUUCAUUGUUGGCAAAGUAUUCAAAUUCUUUUAUAAAAGGUAUUCCAGGUACUAAAGUCAAGGUUGGUGAAAUGAAAAUUAGAUUAAUUGAUCCAAGUAAAACAGUUCAAAGAAGGCCAUAUCGUUUAAGUCCAUGCGAGCGAGAUUUAGUAAGGGAAAAAAUUAACGAAUUGCUAAAAUACAAAAUAAUUAGACCAAGCUGUUCACCUUACGCAAGCCCCAUAUUGUUGGUCAAGAAGAAAAAUGGUUCAGAUAGUCUUUGUGUUGACUACAGAGAGCUAAAUUCAAAUACAGUCGCCGAUAAAUACCCGUUGCCACUUAUACAGGAUCAAAUAAAUAAACUUCAAGGAGUUAAUUAUUUUACGUGUUUAGAUAUGGCCAGCGGUUAUUACCAAAUUCCCUUACACACCGAUUCUAUUGAGUAUACAGCAUUUGUGACCCCAGAUGGUCCAUAUGAAUUUUUAUCAAUGCCGUUGGGGCUUAGAAACGCGCCUUCUGUGUUUCAACGUUUAGUAAUGCAAGCUCUAGGUGACUUAGCAAAUUCUUAUGUUAUCGUCUAUAUGGACGAUAUAAUGAUAAUUGCCUCAACAAAAGAUCAAGCGCUAGAAAGAUUAGAAAUUGUUCUAAACACAUUAACAGAAGCUGGAUUUUCAUUCAACAUUACAAAGUGUUCUUUUGUGAAAACAUCGGUUCAAUAUUUAGGCUACAAUAUUAGUGCUGGUGAAAUUCGUCCAAACCCUCAGAAAAUUGUAGCAUUAACUGCUCUUCCGCCUCCACAGUCAGUCACAUCGCUAAGACAAAUUAUUGGCUUAGCAUCUUAUUUUCCACAAUUUAUUGGGGGAUUUUCACAAUUGAUGAAGCCGCUGUAUUUUUUAACUUCAGACAAAAGUAAAUUCGUUUGGAAAACUGAACAUGAGCAGAUACGAAAAAAAGUUGUUUCUAUUCUUACCGAUAAACCAGUCCUUGUAAUUUUUGACCCAAAUCAUCCAAUUGAGUUGCAUACAGAUGCAAGUUGUGAUGGCUACGGUGCAAUUUUAUUACACAAAAUUAUUAACAAACCCCACGUAAUUGAGUACUAUAGUAAAAUUACUUCACCUGCAGAGUCAAGAUACCACUCAUAUGAGUUGGAAACUUUAGCUGUUGUAAACUCCAUUAAACAUUUUCGACAUUAUCUGUUAGGCAGGAACUUUACUGUGUUUACUGAUUGUAACUCGCUAAAGGCGUCAAGAAACAAACAAGACUUGACCCCCAGAGCACAGCGUUGGUGGGCUUACUUGCAGGCGUUUACGUUCGACAUUCAAUACAGAGAGGGGAAAAGAAUGGCACAUGUCGACUUUUUGUCAAGAAAUCCUCUUUUACCAAAGCCUACUUGUGGAGUAGGGGUGAUUGACGAGAAGAGAGUUAACUUGGCUGAAAUUUCAAGCAACUGGCUCAUUGCUGAACAGCGUCGAGACGCGGACAUAACCGAAAUUGUGAUUAAAUUAAAAGAUUUUUCUCUUGCUGAAGAUAUUGCGAAAACCUAUGAACUAAGGGCAGAAGUUCUUUACCGAAAAAUACAGAGGAAUGGCAGAACACGUUGUUUACCAGUAGUGCCACGUGCCUUUAGAUGGUCUGUUAUCAACCAAGUUCAUGAGUCGAUAAUGCAUUUAGGUUGGGAGAAGACACUGGAUAAAGUCUACGAUUUUUAUUGGUUGGACAAUAUGUCAAAAUAUGUUAGAAAAUUUGUUGAUAACUGUAUCACUUGUAAAAUAUCCAAAUCAACCUCAGGAAAAAUACAAGCUGAAUUGCAUCCCAUUCCUAAAGUCAAUAUUCCUUGGCACACUAUCCACAUCGAUAUAACUGGAAAACUAAGUGGCAAAAGUGACCAGAAGGAGUAUGUAAUUGUUCAAGUAGACGCGUUUACCAAGUAUGUCUAUCUGAGUCAUAGCCUUAAAUUAGACAGUGAGAGUUGCAUAAAGGCUGUUCAAUCUGCUGUUUCGUUGUUUGGAGUACCAAACCGAAUAAUAGCUGACCAGGGUAGGUGUUUUACGGGUGGAAAGUUUAGCCAAUUCUGUUCAGAUAAGAAAAUAAACUUGCAUUUGAUUGCCACUGGUGCUAGCCGAGCUAAUGGCCAAGUGGAACGAACAAUGAGUACGUUGAAAAAUAUGCUAACUGCGGUUGAAACUGGAACUCAGUCUUGGCAAGAUGUGUUGGGAGAGGUGCAGUUGGCAAUCAAUUGUACAACUAACCGCGUGACGAAGGCUAGUCCGUUAGAAAUAUUAUUGGGAAAGAUAGCACGUCCAUUAGGAUUACUCCCACCUAGCGAUAUUGAAGAUGAGGUUGAUCUGUCAGAUGUAAGAGCACAAGCCGAAAAGAAUGUUUUAGCUACAGCAGUUUAUGACGAAGACCGAUUUAAUAAAAAUAAGGCAAAAGUUAUUAGACACAAAGUUGGCGAUUUUGUGCUACUUAAAAGCGAAGAAAGGCAUCAAACCAAAUUGAGUCCAAAGUUCAAGGGACCUUUUGAAAUAAUUGAUGUGCUAGAUGGUGACAGGUACAAUUUAAGGUCUUUAACCAAUAAACGAAAUUACAAAUAUGCUCAUGAAGAUUUAAGAAGAUUCCCGGAGGGGCAAGUGCCCGAAGAGCUGAAUGUGUGUGAUGAUUAUAAUAAUACUGUUGAGAUUGAUAACAAGGUUGCAGCCUGUGAAGAUAGGGAAAAUGAAAAUAUUGCGAAUCUUGAAGUCACUAAAGAGAGUGAAGUUAUUUGGUCUGAUGAAACCAAAAUCAAUCGAUUUCAGUCAGAUGGUCGGGCCUGGUAUUGGGUUAAAGACCCAAAUGCAGUCCAGCCACAUCACAUCAAGCAGACAGUAAAACAUGGUGGUGGCUCCAUUAUGGUGUGGGGCUGCAUUUCCAAAAAUGGUGUGGGUCCUUUAGUACGAAUAGACGGUAUAAUGCGGAAAGAGGAAUACCUGGCCAUAUUGGAACAAAAUCUGCCGGGUGUAGUGGAAAGUAUGGGUCUUGCUGCUGAAAAAAUACAAGGACAAAUGUAUCAUUUGCAUGGUUCAAUGGUGCCAACACCAGAUGAACCGCAUCAAUUUCUGCAAAUAUAUGUAUGUAACAGUGGCAACAGUGGUUGA